GGCCGGCGACCACCACCACCAUUACGACGCGCGCGACGUCGACCAAAGCAAGCAACCAAUUCCUCCUCCUCCUCCUCCUCCCUCCUCCUCUUCCUCCUCCUCCGCGUCGAGCGCCAUGGCGAGACCCGCCAUCGUGGCGGCGCCCGCGCUGCUGCUGCUGGCGCUGCUCAUCGCGCUGGCCACCGGGGGAGCCGACGCGGCGCCGGGCGAGGUGCCGCUGAGCUGGGAGCUCGGGGUUGUCGGCGCCGACGACGCGUUCGGCUUCCCGGGUGAGGAGGCGGCGGACAGCGCCACCGCGGUGGUGCGGCGGGUGCUGCAGCAGGGGAGCUACAUCAGCUACGGCGCGCUGCGGCGCGACACGACGCCGUGCUCCGUGCGCGGCGCGUCCUACUACAACUGCCAGCCCGGCGCGGAGGCCAACCCCUACUCCCGCGGCUGCUCCGCCAUCACCCAGUGCAGGGGAUGAUCCAUCCAUCCAGCUGCCACCACCAAAACUGUUGAAAUUGGGAUUUGUGAUUCAAAGUUCGUCUCGUCUACUCUAUACAUAUUUUGUUUAUUUUUGUCUUCUUUUAUUGUUCGUCUCCUUUUGAAAUGUGAACGAAUUGGUAGGGAUUGGUGCCCGCUAAUCUAAAGUCAAGAGAGAUGUACACUGUACAUGUGUCCGGUACUCCUACUCUGUAUCAAUUAUAAAUAAAUCGUGUAUUCUCCUAAUUUGAUGGAUGGAUUCAUCAAUUCAUCAUUCAUGGAUGAUUAGCUGUCCUGUCCUUUGUGAAUUA